AGUGUACAUUUUGUCUGAACAACUUGAUGUGAAGUUGCGUUUUGAGCUACAGUCUGUUUACGUCUCUUGAGCUUUCUUUCAGUCGAUGCAACAAAUAACGGGAGAAGUUUCCAGAAACCUCUCACCCAUGAUGAGAAAGCGGAGAGCCGAGAGCUCGUCAAUCCAGGAGUCUCCUCUUCCUCUUCAUCCUCCUCAGAAGAAGAAACGUAGCGGUGUGUGUGAUGCAGGACGAGAGCUGGAGCCUGCACUUUUCACCACUGUAUACAGAGAGGGCUGCAGAAAGAGACCUGGAUGCUGCGAGGACCACGAACAACGCUGCAAAAUAGUGGCCCCAGGAGGAAAACUGAGCAACGUUACAGACGACGUGAAGAAGGAGACAGAGAACGAGCGCGUUUCUAGAAAGUUCCGAGGCGCGUGCGAUGCGUGCACACGCGAGAUGACGUCAGAAGAAAGCACGAGGUCAAACGUGGAUAAGCGUACAAAGGUAACGCUUCAUGACGAAAACAAGGAUGAGCUUUGUGCAUUUAACUCCUUCCAGUUCUGGAGAACUCCUCUGCCUGCGUUAGACCUGUCACUCCUAGACACUCCAUCCACCACUGUGCUCAACAAAGACAUUUCUCUCAAAGAUACCUCGGAGGAAAUGGAGACAUGAUGCAGCAGCAUCACACCUUAUAAAACUCUUGUGGUGAAGUGAUGCCUUAUAAACUCUUGUGGUGAAGUGUUUUGAUUAGAGGACAAGUGAGCUCCAGGAAUUGACUCUGUAAAGAAAAAAAUAGAGGGAAUACCAAUUCCAACUCCAGUAUAAUAUUCCAGUUUUGCUUUCAAUCUGAGUUAGGGAGAGUUUUAAAAUUUUGCCACUUGUUGUUUUUUCUCUCUUUCUAUUUUCUCUCCAAAAUGUAAUGUUCUAUGAUUAGAGUCAUUGUUAAAGCACAAACUGGAUUAAUGUUUGUUAAUGGGACAAUGUGCUGCUGUCUCAAACUUGAGAACAUCUCAAAUUCAAAUCCCAGGACUGAGCUUGUGGAUCCCGAAACCAUCUGGGAACACAGGUGUUCAGGUGUACCGCCUGGAUGGGACACCAGAGCAUUAUAAAUACACACACAUUCACACACUUGCUCACACCGCAGAGCAGGUAAUCAUAGCCACUGUAUCUACAUGUUUUAGAGAGGUGUGAAACCAGAGAACCUACAGUAUUAUGUAGAAUUCCACACAGACAGGAAGCUGAUGAUGACGAUCGAAUCCUGGAGCUGUGAGGUGGUGUCCUUAUCGAAGCCAAAUGUACACAAUACUAUUAUUUGGUAGCUACAUUAGCCUUGUAAGUCUGCAUCAAACAAAUUUUUGUAUCCGGUUUUCAGAAGGGAAGUCUUAGGUGAUUGAAGACUUUUCUCAACACUGUUGCUUCCAGCCUGAGCAGCUUAGUUCUGUGCUUGAAUGGAUGCUGCCUUGUGUUCGGGUUGCUUUGUAUAUAGGCAGCAUCUGCAAAAUUGUAAAUAUAAUGACUGUGAAUCCAGAUUUCUAAAAUCAAAAAUUACCUUUUGCUUUGGAUAUUUUGGAUUAUUUCUUGUUAUCUUUUUGUAAGCUUGACCAUUCUAAGUACUUCUUUUCAUCCAAUUCUUGUGUAUUUAAAAAAACAACAAUGUCUAUUUGGUCUGUCUACUGUAGCUGUAAUAAAAUGUGAACUUUAUUCCUA